AGCCCCUGGCCCUCCAGCACGCUGGGCCGCGGCGGGAACCCCACCGUGCCGCGAUGCAGCGUGAGGUCGCCGCCCACGGAGGCGGGGACCAGGGCCGGGGCGACGAGGGCGCGUGCUGGUUCUGGAGCCUGGGCAAGUGCACCAAGGGCAGGAAGUGCAAGUUCGCGCACAUGGAGGUGCCGCAGUGGCCCCGCCCGGGUGCCCUGGCCCGAAGAAGACUGCGAACCCUCGCGCCGUGGCGAGCUCGCGGCUGUCCCGCGGGAGGGAGCGGCACGCUGGCAGCAGCCGGCCCUGCUUGCUGACCGUGGGGGGCAGGCUCGGCCACCUGAGCGAGGCCAGCGGGGGCCGCCGAGCCCCGGGGGGACGGCGAGAGCGUCGAGUGGACGCUGGUGCUGAAGAACACGUUCUUGUCCGUGGUGCCGCUGGUGAGCAGAUCCAGGGCGCUCCGGUCCGUCAAGUCGGCCCCAGACCUGUACGUCCCGUCCACAUGAGCUGAGAGGCGCCCCGCCGUCACAGCACGGAGAGUGGAGCGGUUUGGCGCGCCAUGGGGGGGGCCCUAUUGUAGCUCGCACGAGUGCAGGGGUGCGCUGGCUUGCGCCUUCGGGGGGAGGUGCCCAUUGACAGCCCAGCCGCCUUGCGUUCCGUGUUCCGCGGGGUUGCGCGGCUGCCCUCGCGCCCACACGUCGUCGCGCCGGAGGAUGGGGACACCUGUGCACCCUCCCCCGAGGCGGACAGCAGGUCACGUCCGCCCGCACGUGUCCCUCCACCUCCUUCUCCGGACAUCGAUCCUCACCUUGCACCCUCGCUCCUCUGGGCCACCCGCACCCGAUGGAGAAGUGCCGUUUUUUGUCGCGCACGCGCCGCCCACCGCGGGCCCCAGCUCGCGGCGAGCGAGCACGUGUACAGAGCAGGUUCUGCGAUUCCGACGGUCUUAUUCGAAGAAGGGACAGGCACGUGAUCUUGUGCGUCAUGCAGUUUUUCACUUCUCCUGCCCUUGGCUUCGCAUCGCCGUCAGCAUCGCACAUCGCGCGAUAGGAUCAGGGCUGCUCUCGUUUUCCAGCAGGCAUGUCUGCACGCCAGCUAGAAGGGGUGCCUUCGUCUCCCUGACAGAAGAUUGGGCAGAGCCACCUGUCACCGGAGACAUGGCGGCUGCCUCCGUAUCCCUCUCCACCUCCUCCUCCCCGCCCUCCUCUC